CGGAUUGGUUUGCUUCCGCCAGGUAGGAGAACGGUCCAAUUUGACCCCAGGGAACAUAAGUGGAAACAAUGAGAGGUUGGAGAGGCAAGCCGGGGCAGAGCAGGGCGGGGAAAGCACUUCAGGAGCAACUGAUCAGAUGCCAGGAAGCGCCGCUGUGCUGGCCGGCUCCUGGGAACAGGUAAAUUAG